AUGACUAUUCUUGAGAAAACAGGACCAUCAACUGCCGGGUCUGAAUAUGAGCCCAGCAAAGAUGAAUAUCCAGCGGAGGCAUGUCAUAAAAACUUCGAGAAAGCAUCCUAUCCGCAAGAGGCUGCUGAGCUUCCCAGUUAUGCCGACUCCACGCAAGCCUUGACGUCUCGCGCUCCCCCACCCGGCUUUCCUGGAGCCAGCAACUAUAUCUCGAUGCAAAACGGACACAGGAAGAUUGAUGGAGAAUACACUAUCGACAGCUCGCUCGACGUUCCCUCUGCUUUACUCCCGCCGCUCCCGGCUGGAACGACCGAACGACCUAACCUGCUGUUGCACACGCGAAAUGGAAUGAUCGAAGCAAAUAUUGCACUCGUUUCUGGUACCAACCAGCGAGUGAAUAUCAAACUUGAGACGGCCAACGGUGAAAUUGAAUUCAGAAUGCCUCAUCGACUCAACAGUCAGCCUUUCAAACUCAACGCCUCGACGCGCAAUGGUGAGAUUUGCGUAUAUCUCCCACGAGACUACGCCGGACCAUUGAAAUAUCAAACAAAGAAUGGAAAGAUCAAGUUCUCCGAUGCGCUGCAGCCCAUGACUCGGCAGCUAACUAACGAGGUGUCUUUCGUUGGUGAUUGGCAAGCAGCAGGCUUUGUUGACUACGAAAGUUGGAAAGGCGACGAGGUUGAGGUGUACACAUCGAACGGAAAGAUUACCUUCAAGUACCAGGACGAAUUUGGUAGACAUCGAGGUGAGGAGAAAACGUUUGGACGAGGUGGCCCAUUCGGUUUUGGGUGGCAACAUCCCGUGCACCCUAUUCAUCCACAUCAUCCUCACCCAGGAUUCCCUGGCCUUCCGGGUCGAGGUAAUCACUGGGUGGUGGGUCACCCUUCUCGUCCACCAUUCCCAAUGCUCGGGCGGCCUGGCCUCCCUCCGUUUUCACACAUGGACCCUUACCAUCAACCUCAAGCAGGCCCUGCGACCGAUAACACCAAUGAUGACUCAACUAAUGGCCAAAGCUCGCCAAAGAGAAAGUGGUUUGGGUUCUAA